UAGCUUUUGAUACACACUCAAGAUAUGCUUGGUGAGCAGAGAAACAGAGGGUGGGAAGCAAGAACAGAACAAGUUUAUAAUGCACACAAUCAUUCAGGCUUAGCAUCAAAGUUAAGUCUUUUUUUGUUUGUAUAAAAACGCAUCCCAUUUCUUACCAACUUCUUCAUAUCCUUUCUUUAACCAAUACUUCUUGAGAUAUUAAUCCCAAUGCCCUCUCUCAAUACUUCCGACCACCCUUACUUUCCUUUACCACCUUAUCAUCCUUUCUGGCCGCCUCUCCCACCGCCGCAAAACCCUAUUGCUCCGCCAUAUAAACCAGUUAGACCGCCACCGCCCCCUCGACAACCAACUGCUCCUCCGCCCCCACGUCAGCCAAUUGUGCCCCCUCCGCCUCCACGUCAGCCGAUUGCACCCUCUCCGCCGCCCCCUCAAAAGCCGAAUGCUCCUCCGCCACCACGCAAGCCUAUUGCGCCCCCGACUGCGCCUCCGCCCCCGCCCCCGCCCCCGCGCAAGCCAAUUGUGCCUCCUCCUCCACCGUCUCGAAAGCCGACUGCUCCUCCGCCACCACGCAAGCCUAUUGUGCCCACUCCGCCACCUCAUAAGCCGACGGCUCCUCCGCCACCACGCAAGCCUAUUGCGCCCACUCCGCCACCUCAGAAGCCGACUGCUCCUCCGCCCCCACGCAAGCCAAUCGUGCCCCCUCCGCCACCGCAAAAGCCGACUGCUCCACCACCGCCACGUAAGCCAAUAGUACCUCCACCUCCACAUAAGCCAACUGCCCCUCCACCACCACGCAAACCAAUUGCGCCUCCGCCUCCUAAAAAGCCAGUUGCUCCUCCACCACCACGUAAGCCAAUUACACCACCACCACCACACAAGCCAAUUGCUCCACCAACACCAUACAAGCCCAUAUCUCCCCCAUCUCCGAUGCUUCCGCCGCCGCCGCCUCCUUCUAACCACCACCCGACAGUGAUCAUCAUAGUGUGUGUGUCCUUGGGUGGGCUCUUCCUGCUUGCAUUCAUGGCAGCUGCCUUCUUCUGCUUCGUGAAAAAGAGAAAGGAGAAAACCAUUGAAGAAACAGAGAUCAUCCACAUUGACGAACACAGGAAGAUCAAAGAGGCCAAAGUUGCAGGACCCCAUGGAUCAUGCGAAACUAUGGUGCUAUCAGUUGAAGAUGACAUCCACAUAACCGAAGAAAUCGUACGGAGCGAGAAGGUUGGGGGAAAAGGGUUACAUGGUACGCAUGAAGCAGGUGAUCCAAGCUCCAUAGAAGAGCCACAGCCCGCAUCUUCCUCUCAUCAAAACCAUUCGUGAGCACAAAAGUUCCAUCAUUUUGGACAGAACAAAAACAAUUGAAUAAAAUAUUAAAUAAAUAUUAUGAUUAUCCCAUCCAUAAUUUUAAAAAAAUUAAUUGAUUUUUUCUUCAUUUUCCAGAAAAUGUGCGUGUAAUUGUCAUACUGAAAUGGAUUAAAAUAAAUAAAUUAAUUAAAAGUGGGUGACAGAUUUUUAUUACAAAAGAGACGUGGGAGAUGAUGGGAUUUAGUUGUAUAUAAAAAGACGAAAAUCCUAAAUUUCUAAACAAAAUUUCAAUUUUUUUUUUUUUUUUUUGGUUUAAUUUAAAAUUUUACAC